ACUACUACUGUAAGUGACAUUUAUUGACCCCAUUUUGUGAGAUACGGCCGGCUCCCCCAAUUCUUCUGUUUCAUUAUGUAAAGUUCGGGUCUCGAUGCGCACCCUAUCCGGACUUGAGUUUAUGUAAAAGCCUCUCUCCUCGAAGCGAGUAUAUAUAGGCUUGAAAAACCCAGGUUUUAGAAUUGGAUCAAUACUUCAUCAAUUGCAAUUGAUUUAAGUUACAUUAUGUCUUCUACUGAAGUUACAAUCCCUUACACAAAAUUAGGUGAUUCUGGUUUAUCUAUUUCAAGAAUUAUCGUAGGAUGUAUGUCUUAUGGUAGUAAGAAAUGGUCACCUUGGGUUCUUGAUGAUGAAGAUGAAAUUAUGGAAAUCUUGAAAAAGUGUUAUGAUCUUGGAAUUAGAACAUUUGAUACUGCUGAUAUGUAUUCCAAUGGUCAAUCGGAAAUCUGGUUAGGUAAAUUUCUUAAGAAAUAUAAUAUUAAGAGAGAUAGAGUUGUUAUCUUAACAAAAUUAUUUAACGUAAUUGAUGAAGAUGAUCCUUCCUUUAAUACUUUCACAGCUUCUGGUCCAGAUUAUGUUAAUUCCAGAGGGUUAUCCAGAAAACAUAUUUUUGAUGCAGUUGAAGCAUCAGUGAAGAGAUUGGGUACUUAUAUUGAUGUCUUACAAAUCCAUAGAUUAGAUCUUAAUACUCCAAAACACGAAAUCAUGAAAGGUUUAAAUGAUGUUGUAUUAGAUGGUAAAGUCAGAUAUCUUGGUGCAUCUUCUAUGAAAGCUGUUGAUUUUGUUCAAUUACAAGCUAUUGCUGACAAGAAUGGUUGGGCUAAAUUUAUUAGUAUGCAAAAUUACUAUAACUUACUUUACCGUGAACAAGAGAAUGAAAUGAAUUAUUUCUGUAACAACAACGUAUUUGGAAAUGUUGGUUUAAUUCCAUGGUCACCAAUUGCUGCCGGUGUGUUAGCUAAACCAGCUAGCGUAACUGCAGAAACCACCCAUCCAAGAACAUCUCCAAUUAUUCAAAUGUUACAUUUAGAUAAGUUGGAUGAAAAUGAUGUUGAAAUAGUUAAUAGAGUUGAAGAAUUAGCCAAGAAACAUGGUGUUAGUAUGGCUAUAAUUGCUACUGCUUGGGUACUUAGUAAGGGUGCACAUCCGAUUGUGGGUCUUAAUUCCAUCAAGAGAGUUGAAGAAGCUGUGCAAGCAACUCAAUUCAAGUUUACUGAUGAAGAAAUUAAGUACUUGGAAGAGCCUUACAAACAUAAAUAUUAUAAAUACUUCUAAAUAUUUUUAAAUAAUAAACAAUUGUGUGAGUAAAGUUAAUAGAAACUUUGUAUGUAACAAACUCUAAUCUCUUGUCAUUUUUUUUCUCAUUUGUCGCGACGACAGAAACAAAGCGCGACAAACAAACUAGUCUAUUUAUACCUUUAAGCAAUAGCUUCUUCAGGUACUCUUAACUUUUAAUAA